GAGACGGACGGUGUGUGUGUGUGUGUCUGUGCGCGCGCGGCGGGUUGAAGAGAGUUGAAUGAUUGAACUUUUCGCCCUGCUCUCUCGGUCGCUGAGUUUUUGGGGUUUUUUUUGUGUGUGCCUCGGCGAGGUGGAAAGCUCCGAGCGGAGCGCAAGCCAAGGGACGCCGAGCGCCUGCUGGAGGAGGCUCGGGCUGGGGCUUCCUUCUUCUCCCGCACACAAAGCCAUGGGGUUUCAGGACCCCUGCGUGCCUUUGACCCUUCUCCUCUGGAUUACGGCUUCCUGGGGUGGCCUGCCUGGGGCUUGCACCGGAGCAAGCGAGGCGGCGGCGGCGGCGGCGGUGCCGGUGGUGGCAGCAGCUCGCAGGCAGGACGAGUCUUUCUCCGCGGCGAGUAUCUACGGGGCCAGAUGCGCUUCCAGGUGCCUCAGCUUGCAGAUCACGCGCAUCUCUGCCUUCUUCAAGCAUUUCCAGAAUAAUGGUUCUUUGGUCUGGUGCCAGAAUCACAAACAAUGUUCAAAGUGUCUGGAGCCCUGCAAAGAGAACUGGGACUUGAAGAAAAACCAGUGCCAGAGUUUCUGUGAGCCUCUUUUCCCCAAGAAGAACUAUGAAUGCCUUACUAGCUGUGAAUUCCUCAAAUACAUCUUGUCGGUGAAGCAAGGAGACUGCCCAGCUCCUGAGAAGGCCAGUGGCUUUGCAGCUGCUUGUGUUGAAAGUUGUGAGGCUGACGGAGAAUGCUCUGGUGUGAAAAAGUGCUGUUCCAAUGGAUGUGGACAUACGUGCCAAGUACCAAAAAAUCUGUACAAAGGUGUCCCUCUGAAACCUAGAAAAGAAUUAAAAUUUAGUGAACUUCCAUCUGGUCAACUGGAAAUUAAGUGGUCUUCAAAAUUCAAUAUCUCCAUUGAACCUGUUCUCUAUGUGGUGCAAAGAAGAUGGAAUUAUGGCAUUCAUCCCAGUGAGGAUGAUGCUACCAUCUGGCAAACUGUAGCACAGACCACAGAUGAGCGAAUACAGCUGUCUGACAUCAGGCCUAGCAGGUGGUACCAGUUUCGAGUAGCUGCCAUUAAUGUUCAUGGCACUCGGGGGUUCACCGCUCCCAGCAAGCACUUCCGUUCUUCAAAAGAUCCAUCUGCUCCACUUGCCCCAAGUAAUCUCCGAAUUUCCAACUCUACCACAAACAAUGAUGGAAGUGUAAAUGUAAGAAUUAUUUGGGACCUCCCAGAGGAGCCAGAUAUCCCAGUCCAUCACUACAAAGUCUUCUGGAGCUGGACAGUCAACAGCAAGUCUCUUGUCCCAUCAAAAAAGAAAAGAAGGAAGACAACAGAUGGGUCUGAGAAUUAUGUGGUCCUUGAAGGCCUUCAGCCUAACAGUAACUACAUGGUGGAAAUUCAGGCAGUUACAUACUGGGGUCAGGUACGCCUGAAAAGUCCCAAAGUGUCUCUCUACUUCACCUCUACUCAGACAGCCGUUAAUAACAAGGAACACAUAUCUACAAUUGCAAAAGCAGUGGAUGGUUUCCCAUCCUUCAAAGGAAGAAGACCUGCUCGUCUCCUUGAAAUUGGAGUGCCUUUUUAUCAGGAUGGUCAGCUUCAAGUGAAAGUUUAUUGGAAGAAGACAGAUGAUACCAGCAGCAGGACUAGGUAUCAUGUCCAGUGGUUUCCAGAAUCUUGUGUGCACAAUGAUACAAAAGUGGCUGAAAAAUCCACUAGUACCACAUAUGAGAACUAUAUAAUUCUCCGUGACCUGUCAUUCUCAUGCAAAUACAAAGUUACAGUUCAGCCAGUAAGAUCUAAAGACCGGUUGAAGGCUGAGAGUAUUUUCUUUACUACGCCACCCUGUUCUGAUCUUAAAGGGAAAAAAUACAAGGACAUUACCUGCCCUGAUGAAGAAGCUUCAGCUGUCCCAAAAGUGUUGGCAAAGCCCGAGAAUCUCUCUGCCUCCUUUAUUGUUCAAGAUGUCAACAUUACUGGGCAUUUCUCUUGGAAAAUAUCAAAAUCAAAUCUUCACCAGCCCAUGACAGGCUUCCAGGUCACUUGGGCAGAGGUUACAACUGAGAGCAGACAAAACAGCUUACCCAACAGCAUUAUUUCCCAAUCACAAAUAUUGCCAGUUGAUCACUACGUGCUGACCGUGCCCAAUCUGAGACCAUCCACUCUUUACCGUUUAGAAGUCCAAGUACUGACAAUGGGUGGUGAGGGGCCAGCUACAAUAAAAUCUUUUCGAACACCAGAUUUGCUGACAUCACCGCACAGGCCUCAUUUAAAGCAACAUCAUUCACAUCAUUACAAGCCACCACCUGAAAAAUACUAAAUUGCAUUGGAUUAUUAACUUUCGGAAAAGGAUGAACACUGAGCUUUUGCAAGAAUUGAAAAAGGAAUCUAUAUUGGAGUAUGGAAUAAUCUUGUGGUUCUGUCAGAUGCUUGCCCUAUGUGAGCUGGGCAAAGAUAGUUAUAUCAUGUGGACUGAAGGAAGCAUGCUUGUACUAAUUCCACAAUGAAGUAUGUUGUGCAAGGAUCAAUUAUAUUUCUGUAAUUUGAACAUUCAACAUCUAUGGAAAUUUAAAACUGUCCAAGUACAAUGGUUCAUUAGCAUCAUAGCAUAUACUGUAUGACACUCACUUUUACCAGUCUUCACAACUGUAUAUCUUUGUGUGUGCAUUUUAUAUUAUACAAAAUUUUAAUAUCUGGUCCCAUAAUUAAUUGCCAUAAAAAACAAAGCUUGGUAACACAGGUUCAUCAUUGUAUUAUUAUUGUGAAUGUCUUAGUCUUAGUGUUGAUGAAUGUUGGGGUUCACAUGUGAAUGCAGUCAACCCCAGAUGACCUUGGCAGCAAGUGAGUGUAUUAGCAGAAAAAUAAAAUAAGGAGCUUAGUGCAUAAACAAUAAGGAAUUUUAUGGAUGCCUAGUUUACAGACAUUCACAUGUGAAUGCCAAGAAUCUUAUUUAGGUGUAACAUGACUAUGGCCAAAGCUUCUCAAGUAUUUGAACAGUUUUUAUUUGGAAACUAUUGCUUCCAAAGAAAAUGUACUGAAUUUUUAGUCUUUCAAAUUACUAAUAAUAGUGAAAGUUACAAAGUGCUUAAAUGAGUUGACAUCAAUACAAUCUGAUCAAACAAAUGGAAAUAUAAGUGCCACUGCUUCAGUAGAUUAUGCAACAGGGCAAUAUGAUAUUUUAUAUCUUUAUGGUGAAGCUAUCGAAAAAGAGUAACGUUAACCCAGAGAUGUAGUUCAGUCCUUUGAUUUAUAGACCUAAUUCUUAAGAAGUAAUUUCAUUUGAGGUCUAGCUAUCUUUAUAUUCUUAUUAUCUACUAAAGUGCUUAAGGACCAACAAAAUAUGUUCACCCUGUAGUCAGUCAGCAGUGUUUCCCUGCAUUGUGCAUUCCAUCCUGCAGUAGAUUUGUCUUUUACUAAUAUAGAAGGAACAUCCUUGUGCAUGCAGAAGACUGUUUCUGCAGUCUCCUCCUUCAGUGUAAAUGAAUAUGGAUGUCUGCAUGUUGGGAAGAUCUUGGUGUGAUAAGAGCCAUACACAAAGCAUUCAAGAUCAUGUUGGUAUGAUUAUUUGUAUUCUUUGAUAUUCAUUUUGUGGGCUCACCAACAGUCUAAUUUUUGAAAACAAACCCUUCUUUAUUAAGUUGUUCAGGGAGCACUGUGGAUCAAAAUAAGUGAACCUUCAUUGUUUUUAAGCAAUGCAGUUCUAGUUCAUGCUAGUAGACUUAACACCAGUCAUUUUCUAUUGUCUGUCUUACUUUGUAAGCAAAAUGAUGGGAAGUUUCUAGAUCCCUAAGCAUUGACUAUUAAUCUCUUAUACACAUAUGAUUUAGAUCCUGGAAGAAAUAAUAUUUUCUCCUCCCCUACCUUAGUAGAAAAUUGCAGGGUUGAACCACUUGCCUUCAUAUUUAUAUGUUUGAUUUUUUUAAAUAAAAAAAUUAACUGAACGCAUUCUAUAUUUUUAAAUUAUUUUUCCAUUAAUUUUAAGCUGUGCAUAAAAAAGAGGAAGAAUACGCACAUACUGCUUUCUUAAGCAAGAGAAUUCAAACUAAAAGCAUGUAUCUUUUUCUUAUGAAGACAAGAAUGCACAGGAAAACCUGUCCUCAUAUUAUUUCAUUGGCUUUGAGAGGACUCAUUUAAUGGCUGAAGAAUAAGGAAAUGGCACAGUGUUUCAGUGGAAAGACAUGUAUUAAAUCCCUUUGUUGUUACUGAAUAAGCUUUUGAAAAGUGAUCCUUACAGCUGACUGCUAGAGGUAUAGCUUUCAUAUCCCACCUGAGUAAAGAGGUCAGAUAGCAAAGAGAGAACAAAUGAAGAUGGGUCACAUGAUGUACUUCAGUUUAGGGAGAAACUGAAAUAUUGUAUCUGCAUUUAUUGCUCACUUAAUUUUUGUUUUUGCUUUUGCUUUCUGGUUCAAGGGAAAUAGAUUCAACCUACAAGUGUGUUGAGUUCAAACAUCUCCAGCGUUUGUAAGGUGGUUCACACCUUCAUCUUCUAUUGUUUGUCGAGCUGCAAAUAAAAAUUGAACAACUCCCAUUCACUGUCCACAUAAUGAUGGAGUCUUUGCUGGAGACCAGCUGCAGAUAAUUAUGUCUUGAGAGAUCAUAUCAUGCAUAGGUAUAAACUGUCCAUUGAUUUCUGUGUUUUGCACCAUUCUGAAAAUGGUUACAAGGAUGCUUACAAUUUUUGACUGAAGCAUCUUACAGCACCUUAGAAGACUUAAAAAAACUAUUUGGCAAAAAUUUUUGAGGACCAUCCACGUACAGCCAACAUGAGCUGCAAGGUGAAUAUGCACCAUGAUACAUUUCAGUGAAAUCACUGAGAUAUAUUACUACAUAGGUUCUUGUCUAUAGAGGAAUGUGGUUUACUAAUAAGCAUAUAAGCUGCCUUCAGAUAACUGUUCUCAUUCUAAUUCAUCAAUUUCCCCCCUAAAAAGUGGUAUAAAGGCAGUUGCAAUACUAAUUAUUUAUUUUUUUAGAUUAUGGUAUUCUUUUACUUUUACUUAUCCUGGUUUUCUUCUUGAGUUUUCUUAAUCUUUGAUAAAUACCUGUGGAUGCAAAAGUUACUAUAAAUGCCAUACACCCCUGUACACUGUAGCCCAGGAAUAUGAUGCUUAUUAGAUGAUGCAUGUUUUCUUUUACAUUACAAAAUUUAUUGAAAACCAAGUAAAUUAAUACUUAAAGAUUUUGAUGGCUUUAUAUGAUUUUGCAUGCCAAACUCAUAAUUCAGUUAUAGGCAUGAAAUGUAUGACUGUAUUACCUCUAUUGAAUAUAUUGGUAAGGUACAUUUUGCAAAGUAAUUAAAAGAGGUUCUAUAUGUAAAAAAACAGUUUUCCUUUUUAUGUAAUUAUAUUGUAGUGUGGAAAUAACAGAGCUACUUACCUGUUAACUAAAUUGGCUGUAGAAAUCAUGUUCUUUAUAUCAGACAUUUAAAAGUCAGUAUUUAUUUAUAUAUGUUAUACAAAGAGGGUUAAUUUGUGUGUAUGUGUGUCUUGUUACUUAGAUUAAUGUUUUGUGUAAAAACAUUUUGUAAAAAAAUUGUAAAUAGUCUCUCUGUUCCUCAUUAUUUUCAUGUUUAGAUUUUGUACAUAUGUUAAAGUA